AUGACCAUACUUGAUAACAUCAAAAAAGAUAUUGCCAUUGUUUUUGAACGCGACCCCGCAGCACGUUCUUGGCUUGAGGUCGUCCUAACAUAUCCAGGCGUCCAUGCUUUGGUGAUGCAUCGUUUUAAUCAUUAUCUAUGGCAGCGUGGGUUUAAGUUGUUAUCAAGAGUCCUAGCGCAUCUGACGCGACUACUAACAGGUAUCGAAAUUCAUCCUGGGGCACAAAUUGGGCAACGUGUAUUUAUUGAUCAUGGUAUGGGUAUUGUUAUUGGAGAGACAGCUGAAGUUGGCUCUGAUGUUACCCUUUACCAUGGGGUGACGCUUGGUGGUACAAGUCAGGAAAAAACAAAACGUCAUCCAACCAUAGAAAAUCAUGUUGUGCUUGGGGCAGGAGCCAAUAUUUUGGGGCCAGUAUCAAUUGGGCAUCAUACCCGGAUUGGGGCUGGUAGCGUUGUUGUUACAGAUGUUCCAAAUCACUGUACCGUUGUCGGAAUCCCCGGACGUAUUGUACAGCGGCGUGGGUUGCAAGACGAUGACGAAACCCUUGAUCAUGGUAACUUGCCGGAUCCUUCAGCAUUACUGAUGGAACAGAUGGUGACUGAAAUUGAUACCUUAAAACAACGCCUUCUUAAUUUAGAACGAGAUCAGUAUACAGACAAACAAGAACCUUAG